AUGAUAGUAGCCGAGAGGCUCGCGGAUCCGGCGUACCUGAUCCAGAGCUCCGCCGUUUGUCGCAAACACCUUUCGCACAUCUCAAAUCGAUGCACCGAGAGCGAUGAAUUGGAACAAUGCACGGGUAUGCCCGCGCUGGCUCUCUCGGACGUCGUGCACGACGAACCCCUCCCCGACGACCAUCAACACCACCACCUCCACGCGCUCGCGGUCUCAUCGCCCUCGCGCCCACACUCCCCUCCCGCGCCAUCCCCAUUCCAGCACCAGCCCUCUGCGCACGUGUCGCGCGACGUCCCCCAACUGCUCUAUUCCCCCUCAGACGAGCAGCACCUCGAACACGACGACCUCUCAUCCGCGUUACCCACAGAAGGGCUUCCUAGCUUCACAAUCGAACAGCUAGAGCGCGAAAUAUCCACUUUUCUUCAUCAGAACUCGGCCGCUAUCUUAGGUGCUGCGUCUGCUGCUGCCUCUCAGCGCGACGAUGACGGCAACACCCUCGGGUCCACUUCCAACGGGCACUCCCCACCAGACGACCCCACCUUGUCUGAUGUCCAGCGGGACGUGGAUGCGCUUGCUGGGGUUCUAGGGCUGAACCUUAGCGGACUUGCUGCAGUUCUUCAGGCUGCACAUGCACAGGCCGCGGAGGAAGAGCGCGCCGCGGAGGCACUGGCCGCGGCGGAUCCGGAGUUGGCGCAGAGAAGGAAGGAUGAAGAGAUGGAGAAGAAGGCAACACGGAGCGCCCCCGCGUUCCAUUACCCUGCAAGUGACACUGUCCCCAUACUUUCGCACUCAGGAAGCCCGACGGACGGGUCGGAAUACUACUUCGACGAGGAGGGUGAGAGCGAGCGAGAGGACGCGUUCGUGGGCCAAGGUUCAUCCUCUCCCAUCGAGUGCCCCGGUGCAGAGGAACACCCUCCAGAGUUCACCGAUACAGACAUCAACGACAUCCUCAGCCACUUUACGCAGUUCGAUCAGGAGCCUCAACAUGAACUCGAGUCGACGCCUCAAGCCCCCGAGUCCUCGCCCACUAUACCCCACCUUUCCCCUGAUCUUCGGGCGUCGUCUACGACUCCACCAUAUGCACCAGCCCCCGCAUCUUCGACGUCUACGUCGUACGAGAGCUUCCAGGAACAGCCCUUGGCCUCUACCUCUGCCCUUCCUACGGGGGACGCGCCACAGCCGGGGGGCGCAAAGGAGAAGAAGCAGCCGUAUCAAGCCCAUAUAUGUGACCAAUGCACGAAGUCCUUCAGCCGGAGAAGCGACCUCUGUCGACAUAUGCGCAUACAUACGGGCGAGCGGCCGUUUGUCUGCUCUGAAGUAGGAUGUGGCAAGACCUUUAUCCAGCGAUCGGCGUUGCACGUCCAUCUUCGUGUGCAUACCGGGGAGAAACCACACUUCUGCGAGUACCCUGAGUGCGGGAAGACAUUCGGGGACUCCAGCAGUCUCGCUCGUCAUCGUCGGACACAUACGGGCAAACGUCCGUAUCAAUGCGAAGACCCGGGCUGCGACAAGACGUUCACGCGUCGAACAACAUUGACGGCGCACAUGAAGACGCACGACCCAACAUGGGAGCCGGACCCGAACAUCAAAUACAGCUUCAAGGCUAAGCGGCCGAAAUUAGCGAACAGCACCAGUGCCGACCAGGAUCUUGAAGCGUCAGUGCGGACGCUCUCAGCGCUGCUCACCCAAGGGGACCCAAACAUGACCGGGAUCGGACCGACCGCGGGCAACCCCCUCCUCGAGGAGCGCAUGGCUGCUACUCUGACCGCGGAGAUUGCAGCAGCUCUCGCACACCAGGCACCGGGAUACGUAGCAGAUGGCCGCGUGCAUCUAUACGACGACGAGCAGGACGAAGAGGACGAGCUGGAAGAGGAUCAGUAUGAGUCCGGGCCGGAGCAGGGCCGCACGGAAUACAUGGUCCGAGGGGCCCAGAGCCAGACGACGAGUGAAGGAGGAUCGCCGGUCGAUCAGGUCAGCGACGUUCGGGCGAAGACGGGGAAGAGCGGGCGAGGAUCCGAGGUGCAGGUGAUGGUGGUGGAGGGACUGGACGACGAUGCGUUCCCGAUACCACUCAGGACACGCAAGGGCAAGGAGCCGGUGGGGACGGCGUUGGUGGGUACUGGGAUGAAGCGGAAACGCUGA